CUUUGAAACAGUUGAGGAGUUGAGCAAAGAGGGUGUAAUUUUCGGAAUUGCUAAUUUUCGUUUCUAGAUUCGGAUUACCGUGUCAGAUUAUGGAUAUUUCCGAUAUCUGUGUUUUUCUCAAAGACAUAUUCCCUGAUACUUGUUCUUAUUUCGAGAAUGAUUUGUUAUUUGUUUGGAUAGCUUUAGUGUUGGAAUUGAGCUAUAAAACCACUAUUGGCUUGGAUGUUUCUUGGGAGAUGUUUGUUCUUAUGUCUCGGAAUAUAUUAGAUGACAGCAAUUGUGUUCUAUUUUUCACUAAAUUUACCAAAUGAAAUUAAUAGACUGUGUUAAGGAAUCUGGAAGUCCAUUAAAAGCAGACUGUCUUGUAAACAACAAAAUUGUGAGGUGCUGAAAUAGAAGUUAUACAGGAAACUACCAUUGAUGAAGAGCUUGCAAUCCUUUCAGUAAAACUGUUAAGCUUAUAACUGAAACAGUUACUGCUUCUGAUGAAGGUGUCAAAGAGCUAGUUGGUAUUGAAGCGAAUGUUGAAAAGGAGGGUAAAAUGGAGAAAGAGUUUGCUGAUUUGAAUAAAGAUAUCAGUGAUCUUGUUGAAAAGGAGAACAAAAUGGAAACAGAAGUUACUGAAAAAGUGGUGGUUGUUGAAAAUGUUUCGGAAAUAGAUGUAGAUAAGAAUGAGAAGAAAUCAGUGGAUAAAGCUAAGACAGAGGAAGGAGAGAUAAUUGAGUUAGCAGUUGCAAACAAUCAGGUAGGAACCAUGCAAUCAAGUAAAAAUGAAAAUCUAGAUGAGAAACAAGACAUUGCUGUUGAACAUGUUUUAAAACCUUGCAUGGAAGAAGGAUUUAUAAAUGACUUAUUAGAGUGUGCUAACAUUGGAAUGAUUGAACAAUGUUUAGCUGUGGAGGUUGUUGAUAAUACAAGUCUUCAUGAAUGUGCUAACUAUACUCAAAGGAAAAGUCAUAAAUCUGAAGUGGCACAGAAUUUAAGUAAUGUUAUAUCGAAGAUAACUGAAGGGAAACUUGGGGCAGAAAAACAUGGUGAACUAAAAGAUGAGAGCAUUGAGGAAGUCUCAGACCAACCUGAAAAAAACAAUCCCGUUGAAAACAAUGCGAGUUCUGAGAGUGGAGAAAUUGAUGAAGAAAUGCAAGAAAAGGAAACAGGUCAGGGAUUUGAGAUUCAUGAAAGACUUGCUGAUGAAGACUGUGAUCUCAUUAUUGAAGAAAGUGAAUGUGUUGAAAUAGUAGAAGAACAAAUGGCGGAAGAAGUAAGAGGUAAAUUGGCCUCAUUAAAUUUCGACUUAUUCAGUGAUAAAAAUGUGACUUCUUCCAGUGGUAAACUUCAUAAGGCUGCUAAGGAAAUGCAAAUGCAUGAAACUGGAUAUGCAAGUGAUAUUCUAGAAAGUCUUGCUGAUGAAGACAUUGAUGAUGUUAAAGAUGAAAGUGAAAGUGUUGAAAUUGUAGAAGAAGAAUUGACAGAAGAAGUUAAAUGUAAAGUGGCUUCAAUCCAUUUUGACUUUUUCAGAGAGUUAUUUGCAGAUAGAAAAGGUUCGGAAUCUGAUGAUACACAAACGGGAAGUACUUUUUGCCUUCACAUUUCUGAAAAUGAAGGUGAGAGUGAGUCAGAUGAUACACAUGAAGGAAUGCAAUAUGCAACUGAAGAAGACAUAGAACAAGAUGUGUGUUUUGAAGAAACAUGUGCAAUGGCAUUUGAAGCACAGGCACCAAAAGUACCGGACGUGCUAGAACUUAAAACUGUUGAUUACAUCAAGGAAAACAAAGAUGAUAUUUUUCAAUCACCUGAUAGUGAAGGAUCUUUGAUUAUCAACGCCGCCUUAUCAGAGGAUGAGGACUUUCAUAGGAUUAUGUCAAGGCCGGAUGACAGUGACUUUGAACCAAUGAACAGCCUUGACCUAGUUCCAGGGUCUGACCUUGAUGAGAGCAUUCACAGUCAAGGUCAUGCAGAGGAAUGGGUUAAUGAUGAAGAUGAACGGGAAGAUGUUCAAAAAAAGACCUUUACCAAAUGGAUAAACUCCCAGCUGUCGAAGUCUGGGCGGCCAACAUUAGCAGACUUGUCAACGGACCUUCGAGAUGGAACUCACCUACUUUCCCUCAUCGAGGUUCUCAGUGGAAUCAGUCAGGUUCGAGAAAAGGGUCGAAUGCGUGUUCACCAUAUCAACAAUGUGAAUCGAGUAUUGGACGUCUUGGAACGGCAGUAUAAUAUUAAGCUUGUGAACAUUAGCAGCAAUGACAUCGUGGACGGGAACCAGAAACUGACGCUAGGUCUUGUUUGGUCCAUUAUUCUACAUUGGCAGGUGAAGGAUGUUAUGAAAGACCUGAUGGACGAUUUGCGCCAAACAAACCUGGAGCGUACAUUACUGGUGUGGUGUCGCCACUCCACUCAAGGGUAUGCUGACGUUGAUGUAAAGAAUUUCACGACAAGUUGGCGAUCUGGUCUCGCCUUUAAUGCCCUUAUUCAUAAAUACAAGCCAGAGUUGUUUAACUAUGAGGCCCUUCUUUCAAAAACAGCGGAAGAAAAGUUGGAGCAUGCUUUCAAUGUGGCGCACGAAAACCUCGGGGUGGAUCCUCUUCUUGAUCCAGAGGAUGUCACUGUGGAGACCCCUGACAAGAAGUCAAUCAUCAUGUACCUGACGUGUCUGUUUAAAGUCCUACCCCACACAGAUAUUCCCACUGACCCAGAUAGGGACAUCUCACUCUCACCCACCACGCCCAUUUCACCGGGCUCAUUUUCAAAAUCGAUGAAUAUUGGGAUACAGGAGUCGAAAACAUCUGGGAUGGCUGCAUCGUUAAGUUCCCCAUCAAGUCGCCAAAGUACUAUGAGUUCUAGCGGCUCUGUCGACCUUCUCUCGUAUCAAGACAGCCUCGAAAAUGUGCUCACAUGGCUGCUUGAAGCAGAAGAGGUCAUUGAAAAACAAAAACCAAUCGGAGAGGAUGUUACAGUAGUGAAGAAACAGUUCUCUGAACAUGAGGAAUUUAUGCUGGAACUAACGAGACACCAAGACAGUAUUGGCGCGGUGUUACGUGACGGAAAUGACCUCAUAGUGGAGGGCAAGGUCAAGGCGGAAGAGGAACAAGAAAUUCGAGUUCAGAUGGGGCUGCUCAAUAAUCGAUGGGAGGAACUGAGAUUGAAGGCGUUAGAACGACAGAGCAAGCUUCAAAUUACCCUGAUGUCGCUACAACAAAAACAGUUAGAUGAACUAGCAACCUGGCUGACCCAGAUGGAAGCUCGGAUCAGUGUCGCUGGGAAGCUUGGUUCAGAUCUCGCACAAGUCAGACGGCAGAUUGAGGACCAUAAAAAACUUCAGGAGGAACUUGAUCAUCAACAGAAGAAGGUCGACAGUCUGCAGAACAUGGUGGUUGUCGUGGACGAUAAUAAUACAGAGUCUGCAUGCGAAGCUAUGGAAACUCAGCUUCAGUCCCUCGGCAAGCGAUGGGCGGCAAUUUGCCACUGGACGGAAGAACAAUGGCUGCUGUUACAACAAGUUCUACUGAAGUGGCAGGCAUUUUCAGACGAUCGGGCGACGUUUGCCGAAUGGUUGUCGGAUCGCGAAGUGUGGAUAGAAAGGAUGCAGAAGGAAGACUUGUCGGAUACAAACGUCGCUGUGAAGCAGGUUCAAGAACUGAAGACCAUUGAGCGUGAUAUGGUGACGCAGGUUCAGAAGUUUGAAGAUUUAUAUGAGACUGGUCAGCAGAUCGUCCUGUGUGUUAAUAAUGAAGAAGCGGUGAAGACGAUAUCGACCGAUCUUGAGAUGUUUCAGGAACGGUGGAAACUACUGGUGGAAAAUAUGGAGAUACAGAGUAAACAGAUUGUUGGUCUUGGGUUGGAGCUAAGUGAAGUUCCUGAAGUAUCGGAAGAAAUGACAGUCAGCUCUGAAGCUCGUUUAGAUGCUUCCACACCAAGCGACACAGGGAUGAAACGCCCUCGGUUAGAAUCACCCGCCAAACGACAGCUAGACUCGGAAAUGGCUGAGCUCAAUGAAUGGUUCGAGAAAAUCGAAUCAGGACUGGAGUUGCUGGCUCAGGACGAGAGCACAGCAGGGGAAGAUUCAUUUACCCCCGAGGAACAGAUGGUCCUGAUUGAGGACAGUGAGAAUGAGAUAAUUAUGCAGACAUCAACUGUUGAAAAUGUCUUAGCCCUCGGAAAAACUGUACAAGAGGAACUUGAAAAGGCUGGUGAGUCGGCAGAUUCCGUUUCAACUACUGUCCAGAAUUUGGAGCGGAGAUGGAACGCAGUAAAAACGCUGCUGACGGGAACGAAAGUCAUCGUUGAGAGCAAUGUGAAUACGAAAAAGUUUUAUGAUGAACUGAAGUCUUUGACAGAGUUAGUUACGACAUAUGAGAAAUGGUUGACCGCCACGGAAAUUAUCGCCGAGGAAACACCUGAUAUAACCAGACAGAUGGAGCAGUGCAAGGUGAAACUGAGAGCGAUGCGUAGUCAGGAAGAACGAAUCCAAAAGUUGUCUUCUCUUGCGAACAGUCUUUCCUCUUCUGAUAACACAAUACGCUACGAUUUCGACACCUUCCAUACCAGGUGGAAAAAAGUCCUUCAAAGAAUAGGCGAACGUCAAGGUCAUCUUUCUGAGGCCCUGGAUCGCAUACCCCCGAGAGCAUACCUGGAGGCUAUGGAGGCCCUGCUCAAGUGGCUUACUAACAACCUCGAUGUGUUACAGUCUGAGAAAUUCACUGUCAACAACCUUCUGACAAUGGAGAAGCAGCUAAAACAGUUUAAUACACUGAAUGAAGAUCUCCAGGAACAAAGAAGCAGCCGCGAUUACUUGACGAAAACUGGAAAUGACCUCAUUAUGAAAGCACCCUCUAGCGUUAAGGCUGCGCAACUGGAAAGUGACCUUAAGACUCUUAAUAAUAAGUGGAACACAGUUUCCAUGGCCAUGGAAACUAGGAUUCAGGAAUUGGAAAGUGCCAUAGAGCAGCUGCGGGAAUAUGAUACUCUUCGGGAUGGUUUUCGAACCUGGAUGACAGAAAUGGACAUUUUUCUGCAUGCCGAAGAUCCGACCAAGGGCGACCUUCCGACUUUAAAAGCUCAGCUGGCUGAGAGUGCAGGCGUGCAGAAUGAUAUCCUUACCCUCCAGAAAAACAUGGACCAGAUUAAUCACUUAUAUAGAGGCUUAUCGAUAAAUAUCGACUCGGCGUUCGAAGCAAAACUUUCGCAAGAGGUUGAAGAGGUUAACACAAACUGGAAUAAGGUGUUAAUGUUAGCAGAGCAGCAGCGUCAACGAUUGAAAGGCUCGUUAGAUUCGAGUCAGGAAGUUUAUCGUGAGAUUAAUAAGAUAAUCGCAUGGCUGGAGCCGUUGAAGGAAGAGAUUUCCAAUAAGGAUUACUCGGUGGAAAGUUUAAAUGAUCUUCAAGUGAAAUAUAAGAAAUUUAAGGGGUUACGAAGCGACAUGUUAGACCGAGAAGGGGAGGUUACUCAACUGACUGACACGGCCAACGAGAUGUUAUCGAAAGCUCCAUCAGGGAGUCUGCAGGAUUUGGCGCGUUCUCUCAUGCGAAUGAACACGUUGUGGUCGCAUACCCUUCAGCGGGUGGAGCAUUACCACAGGCUGUUUUUGUCGUCUGAUCAAACUUGGCGGCAAUUUAAGAAUGCUUUAGAUGAAGAAAGUCGUUACUUGGACAGACUGGAAUCCAAAAUGCGCCGAUCCUCGUUGUCAAGUGCCGAUGUUGAGGAAAUCUCAGAACAUAUGGAUGACAUGGAAUCGUACCUUCGAGAUCAUACAUCCGAGAAUCGAGCUACAAUCGAGGAAUUGAAACAAGAAAUGAUUGUCAACAGUGUAUUGUCCGACCUUGUCAAGUUGGAGUCGGACCAGUAUGUCCGACGCCUGGAAUCCCUUGAAAAACAGGCGCGGGAAACAGUCAGACAGCUAGAAGCGGGAAUCAAUGAAGCCCAAGGUGUUGAGAGACGCUUGUUACAAGUCACACAGUGGAUGUCGGAGGUGGAUACGGAGCUUCAAAACCGUCUGGACGCCGAUGUCCUGGCUGGAGAUGUACCCGACGAGAGUGAGCAAAUGAAGGAAGAGUUUAGCCAACAAGAAGUCACGUUACGCGAGCUAGACGGUCAGGUAGAGGCCUACAGGUCCUCGGGUAGGCUAGAGGCCGGGCAGAGACUGGAUUAUCAGCUACAGAGAAUUAAGCGCCAGAUGACCGAUCUCAACACAAAGUUCCAAAAGUUUCAGCGUCCUGCUGACUUUGAGCCAAAACAAAAUCAUGUGAAAAGAGAACUGAACAAUAUUCAGGACCGGAUUUAUAUGCUAGAAGUUCGGGGAGAGGAUACGGAGAAUUUACAUACUAAACAUGAACUGUGCAUGAAAUUCUACACAACAAUGAGUGAACUCAAGUCAGAGGUGGAAUAUGUGAUUAAGACUGGCCGAGGGAUGGUGGAUAAACAACAGGUCGAUUUCCCCGAUCGAUUAAGCAAACAGCUUGAUGCCCUCAAACAACAGUACAACUCCAUAGGAGCACAGGUGACGGAAGGGAAGACGAAGAUAGAGAAAGCAAUGAAGCUCACAAAGAAGCUGCGUAAAGAGGCGUCUGCGGUACAUGACUUCAUCUCGCGUAGCAACGAAGAACUGGAUACUCGCAUUCAGGCAAACAGUGUGGAGAAUCGACACAAAGACCUGACUUUUGCCAAGGCGACGCUUGAGGAAAUGCUUCGUCGCAAGUCGUUGCUGGCGUCGAUGCGCGAGCUGGUCCGACAGGUGGGCGAGAUAACAGAAGAUGGAGACGUAACAGAAUUGCGCACAAACCUCGACAAUCUUGUCAGGGAGUGGGACGAAUUAUCCUCGAGACUAACUUCCUGGAUUCAGACUUUACAAGCGAGCACACCGAUAAGUCCAGAUGAGAAGUUCCAAGACUUCCAGAAAAAGUGUAUGAAACUGAAGGAAUGGUUAAGCCAAACCGAUGCCGUCAUACAAACACACACGUCUUUGCUGGAAGAACAACAGGCAUCAGAUUUCUGGAUUGCUAAACUGCAGACCUUACAAAAGAAUUGUAACGAGAAAACUAGCGACCUUGAAGAGGUACGAAUGAACGCUCUAGCCAUUAUGGAUGGUAGUGGGAGAUAUUCUGCCAUGGUGGAACCGGAACUGUCACAGAUUAACCAACAAUGGGAUGAACUCACCAAGACGCUUAAGGAGAAGAUCUCGAAAUGCCAAGAAAUAGCUGCUGCAAAACAACAUUCCCCUUCCCCACCACGCAUGGUUGAACACACAGAGGUCAAAGUUGAAGUUUCUAAAAAUACCAUCACCAAGGCAACCUCCCCAGAGGUCAUUUCUCCUAACAAGGUCAAAUCCUUUGAGAAUCAACAAGAUGUUUCUGAGGUCAUUUCACCUUUGAUAUUUUCUGAAGUUCAUUUAGAGGUCAAGGGCACAAGUUCAGCUGGUGCAGUGCAAGAAUCUAAUGACCUAGGAAAUGACCUUCACUCACCUUCACCUACUGUUGUCAUGGAAAUGAACUCAGUGACCUGUGUGUCACCCUUGACCUUUGCAGUAGACAAUGUGGAUGGCUCGCCUUCCAAGUUUCAUUCUAUUUAUGAGAGUACGCUGGAAAUGAUAGAGACUUAUCAACGAGAGCUAGUCAACUAUGGGGAGAUACAACCACAUGAUGUGAAAGGGGAUUUGCAGGAUAAUGCCAAGCAUCUUGACGAGAAUAUUCAAAACAUGAGUGGGAAAGUUGAAAACCUGAUAAGCCAAGGUGAGGUGUUGUCAAGGCAACUUGAAGACGAUGAUCCUUCAGAAAGUCUCCGAAUUCAGGCUGAAGUUGAAACCCUGAAGGAUGUAUGGGAGACAUUGAAAUCACACACGGAACGAAAGCGUAAACUCCUCGUCGUGAUUUUCCCACAGUGGUCCACCUUCGAAAAAACUGCACGAGACCUCGAAAUGAACCUUGAUGCGAUGGAAACCAACAUCAAAGUCGCGAAUAUCAACAAAGAAAUUCAUAAGGAGGCUUUUGAGGAUGAAUUAAAGCGACGCCAGCGUGACCUUGACACACUUCGCACCCAAGGUCAACCCCUUCAGGAACGAGGAGCGGGCGCCAUUGUUGAGCCAGAGGUCAACCGUUUACAACGAAGAUGGCAGGAUGUAAACAACCAGGUUGCUAUGAUACAGUAUCCUCCUGUUCCCAUGGUAACAGACAAUACUCAAAAUCAGGUCACAAGAACUACAUACACAGUCGUGCAAUCCAGCGUGACUAGAGCAAGUUCGCCAAAAUCGACCUCCCAGAUUAAGGUGGAGAUUCGCCGAUUAUCAGAUCAAAUUGCAGACAUUAAUCGACAGUUAACAGGGCCUGAACUUGGAGGCAAGAAUUUCGAUGAGUUUUCAAAGCAAGAAGAUAUUCUUCAAGGCAUUCAGUGGCAUAGGGAAGUACAAAGAAGAUUGGAAGAGGCCAAGGGUGGAAUGGAUCGAUUGGAUCGGGAAAAAGAGGAUGUGUUUGCGCAAUGUGAGGCGGAUGAGAAAAAGCGUGUCCGAACCAUGUUGGAUGACCUUCACUCCUCAUGGCAGGAAAUCAAUGACGCAUACACAGAUAGACAUAGACGAUGGACAAAGGCAGCCGAACAGUGGCGCCAGUACCACAAAGAUGUUGCCGUAGUUACAAAAUGGCUGACAGAAACAGAGAAAAAGUUGGAAGAUCUCAAACUACUAGAUGACACAAAAGUUCUGGAAAAAGCAUACGGGGACAUUGAAUCCAGCCAGAAGAAACGUCAAGACACUGUAAACUCUAUGAACACGGCAGGCAAUGACAUUAUUCGUCAGUCAGCAGCACAAAGCGCGGCAACAUUGCAGGAAAAACUCCAUGAGCUGAAUGCACGUUGGAAACAGGUGUCUACAGAGAUAGCAUUUGGGCAAGAAAAACUUGAGCAGGCAAGUGUACGAACAAGUGAGUUUACGGACGACAUGGAUGAGAUGUUCUUCUGGAUUGACGAGACUGAGAAUAUUCUCGCCACACCCCUCCAGCUCGAUGCCGCCUUUCUUGAGGAUCUGCUGGAAAGAUUCAGGGACAGAGAAGACGACAUCUCGGUUAAGAAACAGAACGUUGCGGCCAUCAAUAAUGCGGGCCGGGCUCUUGGAAGACAAGAUGGAAUGAGCGGGGAGGAUAAGAACAAUAUACAUAAAGACUUGGACAAUCUGAACCAGCGGUGGGCAAAGGUGAUGAACGAAAUCCCUGACAACAUCCACAACGUUGAAAAGCAUUUACAUGAGUUACGAGAAUUCCAGAUGUCGAUUGACGAGACACAGCGAUGGGUGACGGAAACGCGCACGCUACUUCAGGCUAGACAUGCUCAGUCUGCGACUAGCACAGACGAACAAGACUCUAUAAUCAUAGAUCCACAGACGACACAAGAUGCAGUUAGAGCCAAGCAGAUGAAAAUCAGCAACAUAAACGAGACCAGUAAACGUGUAACAGAAGAAUACGAGCUCGCUACACUACCCCCAGCUUUACAAGGAAAGGUAGAUGCACUAAAUGCUGACUGGAGAGUAGUCACAGAACUUGCCGAAAAACUUGAACCAACUCCGGUAGAUUCUUCAAUACAUGAGAUCUUUACACAGGUAAAAGAAGCUCAGACAAAAGCAGCAGUCCCAUUGGCUACUUCCCCCAAAGAUGGGAAAUCUGAUUGGUCGGCUCUCGACCAAUCAGUGGCAGAGUUACGUGAUUGGCUUACUUUGCUGGAGAGGAUGUUAAAGUCUCAGAGAGUGGCUGUUGGAGACAUGGACGAAAUUGAAGAACUGAUUAAAAAAUAUAAGGGCAACUUACAAGAUAUGGAGGAUAAACGUGGAAAACUGGUCGAGAUCUCAGACACCACCACGUGGUUGCAGGUGCUUCCGGCUCGGAGCCCUGAACAGAAAGCUUUCUUAGAAAAAGCUGAUCGUUUGCAAGAGCAAUGGGCGACUACUGAAGUUAGUGUCAAAAAUCGCGAGACAGAGCUAGAAGGCAUGUUGACAGCAUGUGGUACAUUCGAAGAUGCCCAUGCUGACUUUGAACACUGGCUAACAGGCGUAGAGGGUGAAUUGGCAACUGACACAACGGCAAACCUUAACACGCAAAGACUGCGGAAACAGAAUAAGACACUUCAAGCAGAGGUAUCAGAAUGGCAAAUGAAGGCAGAUGCGCUGAAGGACCUGGCGAAUUCUCUCAUCACUCAAUAUUGUGCGGACGACACCAGUCUCAUUAAUAUUCAGCUGGAAAAACUCAUGACUAGGUGGACAGCAGUACUUAACAAGCUAGCAAGUAACAUUCAAGUCGCAGAUAAAAGUCUACAGACAGCGGAGCAAUUUUAUGCCGCACUGGAAGAGUUCAUAGCGUGGAUGGAGGGUGUUGAUAAUAGCUUUAAUCGAUUAGCUGAAGAAACAGCGAAACCUGAUGUAAUCAGUAAUACUGAUCUGUGCAAUCUGUACUUAGAAGAAUUUCGGGACCUCCAGGCCGAGGUCGACAGCCAUCAAGGCGGGUUUGACUCACUGACAGGGGCGGGGCAACAGUUAAGCACCAGAAUGGGUGGGGCUGAUCUACAGCAGCUGCAAAGACGAUUGGAGGAAAUGAACCAACGAUGGCUCGCACUCAUGACCAAGUCCAUGCAGAUAAGAGGUCGCCUGGAGACAAACACUGAGCAAUGGCUGCGUCUUCUACACACUAUCGAGGACCUCCUAGCGUGGAUACUUAAAGCUCAGCAUGAGCUUAAAGCUCAGAGACCUGUUGGGGGAGAUAACUCUUCACUUUUGAAGCAGCUGGAUGUAAAUCAGAAAUUACGAGACCAUUUGAGUGUAAAGCGUUCACUCGUGGAACAGACAUUAACUGCAGGACGUCAGUACCUUCAAGGGGAAGGAGAGGAUAAAAGACUCUCGACGGACAGCGGCGAUAGCGCUGAUACAGAUGAGACGAGUAGUUUGGAGAAAUCACCGGAGCGUGAAGCUCGUCAGCUCGUGAAGAAGAUCCGACGUCAAGUUCGUCUGCUCAACAGGAAGUGGGUGGAGCUAAACCAGUCCUGCAACCAAUGGCAGGCCAUCCUUGAUGAAGUUUCGGAGAAAAUGACAUACUUCCAAGAUGCGCUUGAUGACCUCCAAGAGAGCUUAUCGCGUGCCGAGGCGGAGAAAAAUACCUGGCCCCUCAUUGCAGAUAUUCUUAUUGAAAAUCUGCCGUUUGAAAUUGAGAAAACAAAGACGUACCAGCAAGCAGUGGCUCCUAUUCAAGGGCAGGUGGACAGUGUUAACGAUCACGUUAACGAUUUCGAGGCUGCUAAUGUUGUACUUUCUCACGUAAUCAUUCAUAAACUGGAAGAUUAUAAAACAAGAUGGAAAGAAAUCCAGUUGUCUGCAGAAGAUCGACUAAAGAAUCUACACGAUGCCUUACGAACAUUCGGUCCAAACUCUCAGCAUUUCUUAGCAGCAUCAGUCGAGUCACCAUGGGAACGGUCGGUUGCAGGAAACAAAGUGCCUUACUAUGUGAAUCACAAUUCGGAGACAACUCAUUGGGACCACCCGGAAAUGACCAACCUCAUGGAUGCACUGAAUGACCUCAACAAUGCUCGAUUUGCAGCUUACCGGACGGCUAUGAAACUACGACUGGUGCAGAAGAAACUCUGCUUGGACCUUGUAGACUUGCAAGUUGCCACAGAAGAGUUUGAAAAACAAGGAAUGAAGGGACGUAAUGAUAAACUUCUUGACGUUGUUGAGGUGAUUAACUGCGUAGCUGCGAUGUACGAGGCUUCGGCACGAUCUCAUGAGCAACUCGUCAACGUCCCGCUAUGUGUCGACCUCGUUUUGAACUGGCUCCUCAAUGUUUAUGACGUAACUCGAAGUGGGAAGAUCAGGGUGUUAUCAUUCAAAGUUGGCAUCGUACUCAUGUGUAACGGACAUGUCGACGACAAAUACAAGUUUCUGUUCCGGUUGAUUGCUGACAAGAACGGAUCUACUGACCAGCGAAAAAUGGGGCUGUUGCUUCACGACUGUAUGCAGUUGCCAAGGCAACUAGGUGAAGUGGCAGCAUUUGGUGGAAGCAAUGUUGAACCUAGCGUGCGGAGUUGCUUCGAAAAGGCCAACAGUCGACAGGAAAUCAAUGUGAACCAGUUUUUAGACUGGUUGAGACAAGAGCCCCAAUCUCUCGUCUGGGUUCCCGUCAUGCAUCGAUUGGCAGCGGCUGAACACGCCCGACAUCAGGCAAAGUGCAAUAUAUGUAAAACAAUACCAAUCAUAGGUCUCAGGUACCGUUGUCUACGAUGUUUCAACUUCGACAUGUGCCAGAACUGUUUCUUCUCAGGGCGAAAAGCGAAACAUCACAAGCUCACACAUCCCAUACAAGAGUACUGCACAACUACCUCUUCAGGUGAAGAUAUUCGAGACUUCACAAAGGUCAUGAAAAACAAGCUGAAGUCGAAGCGAAGUUUCCGGAAACAUCCCCGGCUCGGUUAUCUCCCAGUGCAAACUGUCCUAGAAGGCGAUGCUUUAGAAAGCCCCGCCCCAUCCCCACAGCAUAGUAUAUCACAAGACAUGCACUCUCGUCUGGAACUAUAUGCAAACCGUCUAGCCGAGGUGGAACAACAACAGGCUACACAGACGCCUGACGUAGAUGAUGAGCAUCACCUUAUUGCCCAGUACUGCCAGAGCCUCAACGGUGACACCUCACAACAUGCUUUGAAGAGCCCAAUGCAGAUAAUGAUGGCGGUGGACGUUCACCAGAAAUCAGAACUUGAGGCCAUGAUUCAUGACUUGGAAGAAGAAAAUAGGACUUUACAAGCCGAGUAUGAUCGAUUACGAACGCAACAAGAACACAAUAACAAUAAAAGCCAAAUCGAGGACCUUCCAGGAAUCGAUGGCGAGUUUCCAAGUCAUGACGCGGAAAUGCUCGCUGAAGCCAAACUGCUUCGACAGCACAAGGGACGUCUUGAAGCACGGAUGAGAAUUUUGGAAGACCAUAAUCGACAGCUGGAGGGGCAACUACAGAGAUUGCGACAUCUUCUGGAUGUGUCAGGAGAGAAGAGUGUUUCCCUGUCCUCAUCAACCCACGGGUCACUGCCAACAACGCCCAGUUCAUCUCACUCAUCCCUCCCACAGGAAAACCGAGAACCAAUUCCUGGGACAAGAAUUUUUAAUCCUCAAUUGGAGUCGACCCCACAAAUCAACGGGCAUUCUGGAGGUAUCGAAGACACUAGUGGGCCAGUUUUGGGAUCAGACAAUAACCUACCACCUUACAAUCCCGACAGAGCCAGAGGAAGUAACAAUGUUGGGGAACUGUUUAACAGAGCUGGCCAAGUGGGGAAAGCAGUAGGAUCUUUAGUGACAGUGAUGACUGAUGACAAUGAAGAAGAUGAAGACACAAAACACUGACAUCAUCAGUGAUGUCAUCACAUUCGGAGCACAUUUGUGAUGUAGUCAUUUUGAAAAUCCUGCUAUGAUGUCAUUGCUUCUAGGGAAUGAAUCUGUGAUGUUGCUUUUGAGAACCAUUAGAAAAUAACCUUAUUCAUCAUUUUUUUUUGAAAAUCCUGUUGUAAGGUCAUCAAUUUCUGAGAACAUAAUUGUGAUGUCAUCACUUUUUCAUAACACUGCAAUGAUGUCAUCACUUCCUGUUAUCCUUUUGAGAAAACCCUGCUGUGAUGUCAUCACUUUGUGUUAACAUGACUUCGAUGCCAUCAUUUUGAGAGAACAUUGCUGUGAUGUCAUCUCUUUGCAUGAACAUGACUGUGAUGUCAUCAUUUUGAGAAAACCCUGCAGUGAUGUCAUCACUUUGUGAAAACACAGCUGUGAUGUACUCAUUUAGUGAAAGAAAACACCACAAAAACCAUUAUGAUGUUAUCAAUAUCAUUUACUUGUAUGCUUGUGUUUGAUUAGUGACAUCAUAGCUUGUGACGACAGCUCUUUCAAAGGAUGUAUUGAAGCUUGAGUCUAGGAUUUUGUUGAACAUAUAGUCAGUCUUUCUACUAACAUAAAAAAUUGAUGUGUUCAUUUAUAGACACAAACUCCUAAGAAGUGGUAGUACAGAUAUCAGUUUCUCAUGAUGGUAAAUAGUCAAUAUAUUUUACUAUUGUACUAUUACAAUUUAACUAUUCAAAACAAUUUUUAUUUUUUGUCUUGUAAUGAGUAAAUUUUUGCAUUGAAUUCUGGAAACCAGUUAUUUAAGAUUGCUGACAAAAGGUCAGAUUGCAGUCAUUCAUAUUUACGUUCCAAAAUUGAUGUUUUAUGACUAAAGCGAUAAUAACGUUUAAGAAAAAAAAAAUCAGCAGUUUGGCAAGCAGUUGAGUUCUAUUCUAUUCUGAGUUAUCUUAUAUGACUAAAUUGAAGACAUUGCUGUGAAAAUCAGCUGACAGUAUAUAUAAGAAAAACCUCAAUCCAUGAGAGUGCAGCUUUAAAAAAGAAAUUGACUGAUUUAUGUUGAUAGUGAAUGAGAAAGGGACUUUGUGCCUUAUAGGAAAAUUAUGAAAGAAUGGUAGAAAAAAAGGUUGUACAUAGUGGGAAUAUGACAACUCAGUUUUAUAUAUUGGGAAACAUUAUCCUUGUUUGUCCGAAUGAGAAUGGGAGAGGUCUACUUGUUUUGGUGACUGCCUCUCACCCAAGAGGUUGUAGGUUGGAUUCCCGUCACCUGUCCUCUCAAAGAGAAACAGUACUGGAAAUAGUCUCCAUAGUGAUUUAUGUCAGCAUGAAACUGUCUUCACAAUCGAUCAUAAAGAGAUUAGUAUAACCUAUGUCUGAGCAAAUAGGAACCCCAAUGCUUGGAAAUUUGUUUUUAGGUGGAAAAUUGUAAAAAAAAAAGUUUAUUUUCCACACUUCCAUAUUUUUUUUACAUGUUAAUGGUUUGAGUGGAGAAUAUAGAAGUUCAAAACAUAUCUAAGAAACGAUUGCUUGAAAGUUUUUUACAAGUUGAAAAUUUGUGAUGAUUUCUUUGGACACUCAAAUGUCAAAAUUCUAAAAUUAUACCCUUUUUUCUUUGACAAAGCCAUUUUUACUUUUGUAUUACAUGUAUACAUAUGAUAUUGAUAUGAGACCAUUUAACAAGAGUAGAUUGUUCUAUUCUUUUAUGCAUUGCAAUAACAUUUAUUUAAUAGCAUAUGUAAGAGAUUUUAGUUUGAUGUUCUGUGCUUAUCAGCACAGCCAAAAUGAGUUGUGAAAAAAACAUUAACAUAAAGGAUGUAAGGCAAAAAUUGUAUGCAAUUGAAAAAUGUUCAACAUUAUUAUGUUUUAUAUUUUAUUUUAUUGAAUUUUUACUAGUGCGUAAACAUCUUUAUUUCCUAAUUACCCAUGUGUUGUAAAUAGAUGCAUACAGGACUACAAUGGAUAGCCAUUUAUUUAUUGAGGUGCUAUGGUAUAAAUGCAUGUUUUAAAAUUUGAAUAAGUACUUUGAAGCGAGUCUUUAUAGAUAGGCACAAUUUAUUAUAAUGUAUGUAUAGUAAUAAAUUCCCCAUGCCUUCUUAGAAUACUGGUUAAGUUAUAGUAGCUUCCCAAAUGUCAGUUUAAAAAUACUAUGAUAAUAGUAGACUGGCUCCUUAUAAGAUAAUUUAAAGCCAAUUAUAGGAUGUCUAUUUAUUAUUAUAAUCUUUUUAUAGAACUGAUUUUGGAAUUUUAUAUUAGUUUAUUAGCUACUGGAAUUAGCUAGCUUUAUAAUAACAUACAUAUAAUUUAUCAUUUACAUGUAUACAAUCUUGUAUGUAUGAAUUAAUAUAUAUACUUAUGUAGUUCUAUGGUAGUGUGCACAAGGUUUAUAUGUGGAAUUAUACAUGUAUAUUUCAUUUAAUGUGCACAAUGAAUCAGAAUGUAUAAUUAAGAGUCACAUUACUUUAAUGUAUAAUUAAUAGUCACACAUUUGUAUUAAAAAUGCUUUAUCUGAGACUUUAAUAGAUUUUGUUUCAUUUGUAAUUGUCAUUAGUGUUAUCUGAAGACCUUCAAGAUUAAUAAUAAUAUGCUGAUUUUAGGCAUCCAAGAUUAUUGGGUAUUUGACGAUAAGUGCAUAAAGUAAUGGGUAUUUUAACAUAAAUGCAGAAAAGAAGAUAUAUAUAUAUAUAUAUAUAUAUAUAUAUAUAUGUAUAUAUAAAAAUAAUAUGCCUAUUUUAGGCACCUUAGAUUAUUGGGCAUUUUACUAUAAAUGCAAAAAGUUAUUAGGUAUUUUACCAUGCAUACAUAAAGUUAUUAGGUUUGUUACCAUGAAUACAUAAAGUUAUUACGUUUUUUACCAUGAAUAUAUAAAGUUAUUAGGUAUUUUACCAUGAAUACAUAAAGUUAUUACGUUUUUUACCAUGAAUAUAUAAAGUUAUUAGGUAUUUUACCAUGAAAGGAUUAAAUUAUUGGGUAUUUGGGUAAUACCUUAGGUACAUUUUCAUUUUACGUUUUAAAAAUGGAAAAGGUAAUUUGGUAUGUUAUCCUUCUCCUAAUAUUUCCCCUCUUUAUACAUGUAAGCGAGCUGAUAGGAUAUACUUGUUUUAGAAAAAAUGGUUUUGUGUUCAAAUUGUGAUGAUCAUUUGAUUGAAUAAACAUAAAUAAUUCAUGCAAAUAAAUUUAAUAACAA